AAAUGAUAGGCCGUCUCUUGCAAUGCUCUCACCGCCGUGUCUCCAUGACACCUGAUACCAUCGGUUUAUUUACUUGGAAGACUAACGAUGAGAGAACCUAAUCCCUUUCAAUUGAAGUGAUAUAGAUGUACAAUAUCUGAACCGAUCGAAGUGAAGAACGUUUUCCAUUGUGUUUCUACGUAUAUAUACGACUCUUGAAAAGAGAGGGUCAUCCUCAUAAUGCCUCCCGGAGAACAGAGCUACACUCUCUCCGUCACAGCAGGUCCCGGCUACAACCCUUCAACCCACAAGCCAGUCGCCGUCAACUCCUCCGUUCCCCACCUCAUAGAAACAGAGCACGCCACCAUCGACCUCCGUGUUCGCAUACAAGAGUACACAGGCCUCCCCCGGAACUCCCCGCGCACCUGCCCAUACUUCUCCCACCCCGCCCACACAAACGACCAAUACUCCAUCGCCAUCUCCUUCGUCCCCAAGCGCGCGAUUCCUGGUGCAGAGCUUGUCUUCGGCAACGAUUUCGACCGCCCCAUCCGCGACAGGUUGCCGCCGGGUACGAACCAGGCGCUGAAGUUUGUUAAGUGGGCUAUUGACCCCGGGUUAGAAGGGGAUGCGUAUGCGGAUAAGCCGUAUUUGUAUGGGGCGGCAUUGUCAAGUUGGAAUUAUUUGAGGGUUUGUGGGGUUGUCAGGGAGAGGGAGGAAGGGGAUAUGGUGGGAAGCGGAGAGGGAAGGGGCGCGGACCAAGAGGAGAUCAUUGAAGAAGGUGGGGAGGGUGAUGGAGAGGAAGUUCGGAGGAAAUUGAAUGUUCCUAACGAUCCGGCGGGGAGGAGGAAGUUCUUUUUGGUUGAGGGGAAUCGGGAUCGAUUUGUGUUUGAGGAGGGGAGGCUGUAUAAAGCUGAUUUUGGGAAUGGGUAUUUGGGAUUUAGUGAUUUCUCCCUCCGCCUCCCCGGCUUCAGCAUUAAGGUGGCUAAAUAUAUCGAUGCAAAGAACCAUCAACUUCGCUAUGUGCUGAAGAAUAAAAGCACAGGCGAUGUAUAUUUUGUGGUGUUGUUUACGUUACUUUUGGGUAAGGCUGGUGCUCGUGAUUGUGACGAUAACGCAUACGAGAAUGUUGAUGUUGACGAUGAGGGAAAAAAUGAAGAAGGUAAUAAUAAUAAUGAGACGUGGUAUGGCGAGGACGACGAGGGCGUCGAUUGAAAUUUGCUAUGGCCCUCGUUUCUUGCCUUCCACCUUUAAAUGCAUUGGGUCCGAAUUUGGCUUAGAUUUUUGGGAGUUAUGGUGCAAUAGAGCGAUCUUAAUAGAUUGGAUGGUGUUAUGUAAGGGUCAAUAGAGCUAUGGCGUCUGGCAUAUUUGCAUUGUUCAAUUCGAAAUCUAUUUUGAUAAUAAGUAUUCCUUGGUUCACAAUUUUUCGCUUUUACCUUGCGCUAUUGCAGUCUAAGUGGUCUCCAGACCACUCAUACAAAACAGUACAUUUUCUCACAGCCUCCUUAGUACAUCCGCCACCACUUCCUCCGUUUUCGCCUUCCCCCCCAAAUCCGGCGAUAAAAACUUCCCUUCAUCUAAGUUCGCAUCAACCGCCUUAUAGAUGCUAGCGGCAGCUUUCUCUUCUCCCAAAAACUCCAACAUAAGUGCAACACUUCGCAGCGUCGCGAUCGGAUUCGCGAUGCCUUUGCCCUCAAUGUCUGGCGCAGAACCAUGACACGGUUCGCCGAUGGCAAAUUUUUCACUAACGUUGGCGCUGGGCACAAGGCCCAGCGAACCGACUAGCGCCGCAGCGCCAUCUGAGAGGAUGUCGCCGUAUAAAUUGGGCGCGACAAUGACGUCGUAGUAAGAAGGUUGGCGGAAAAGUUUGUAUACCAUUGAAUCGACGAUUUGCUCUUCAACGGCGACGGUGUCAGCGAAGCGGGGCUGUGCUAGCGCGCGCCGUGCCGUCUCGCGAAAGAGGCCGUCGGUUUGGCUGAGGACGUUCGACUUGUGGGUAAUGGUGACCAUGG